CGUGUCGAGGAGGAGGGGGACUGGCCGUCUGGGCUUCCUGGCUCGUCAAAACACGGUGCAUUGUGGGGCGGAGGCGGCCUUUCUCUCGGUGUCCACAUACUGGCAAGAAGCGGUACUCGGCACGUCUUCCAAGUAAAUAGCGUUAACAGGAGGGGAGGAAGAGUCUCCGCGUACGCGGCAACCAAAAGAACAGCGCACUCGUUCAGGGCCUUGUUGUUACUAUCAUUGCUAAUUAUCCGUUUACUCCGCAAACAUGGGGCAGGAUGAUCUCAUGAACAAGGCCGAAGACGUGGCAGACCAGUUCCUGCGAGUCACCAAACAGUACCUGCCUCACCUGGCACGUCUCUGUCUCAUCAGCACCUUCCUGGAGGACGGCAUCCGCAUGUGGUUCCAGUGGUACGAGCAGCGGGACUACAUCGAGGCUACGUGGAGCUGCGGCUACUUCCUGGCCACGUGCUUUGUGCUCAUUAAUCUAUUAGGGCAGCUCGGUGCUUGUAUCCUCAUCCUCAGUAGAAAUUUUGUACAGUAUGCCUGCUUUGGAUUAUUUGGCAUCAUUGCGCUACAGACUAUUGCCUACAGCAUUUUAUGGGACGUAAAAUUUUUGAUGAGAAACCUCGCCCUGGGAGGCGGUCUCCUCCUGCUGCUGGCUGAGUCUCGUUCGGAAGGAAAGAGCAUGUUUGCUGGAGUGCCGUCCAUGGGGGAGAGCUCGCCGAAGCAGUACAUGCAGCUGGGCGGGCGGUUACUGCUGGUCCUUAUGUUCAUGUCUCUGGUCCAUUUUGACACCAGCUUCAUCUCUAUCCUGCAGAACCUGGUGGGCACCGCCCUCAUCAUCCUGGUGGCUAUCGGCUUCAAGACCAAGCUGGCGGCGCUGACCCUGGUCCUGUGCCUCUUCGCCAUGAACAUCUACUUCAACGCCUUCUGGAACAUCCCCGCCUACAAGCCUAUGCACGACUUCCUCAAGUACGACUUCUUCCAGACCACAUCGGUCAUCGGCGGCCUGCUGCUGGUGGUGGCCCUCGGGCCCGGCGGCGUGUCCAUGGAUGAGAAAAAGAAAGAGUGGUAGGCAAACAAAUAAAACGCGAAUCACACAGCACCACUAACUUACCCCCCCAUACCAACUGGGACUGAAAGACCCCCCUCUCUGCUGGUUCACCUGGAUACACAGGGUUUACUUCAUAUAAAUACUUUUUUUUUU